GAGCCGAUUGUGACACACACAGAAGCGCUACUGGAAGCAGCAACAGAAGCAGCAAGCAGGAGGAGCUGCAACUCUGGAAGUUGGCAGUUUCCCGGGACUCCCCUGGCUGAGCUUACGCGCCGUGUGUGUCGGAGGGAGAGAGAGAGAGAGUGACGGGAAGGGAAAAGAUUGCAAAGCUUCAAAAGGAGGCGAGCCUGUGCCUUACGCGGCCAGCGGAGGACUUGGAUCAUGGAGAGCCCCAAACUGGAAUCCAUUUAGCCAAGAGGAGGAGCAGACGGCGUCGGGCAGGGAGAGAAGAGUCGAGAGGCUGGAGCCAUGGCUCGGCUGGGCUCGCGGGCCGUCCGACUUGGCCCGCCGCGGCUCCCUUGAGCGCUUCUAUGGGGGAAUCCCCCGCUCGGCGGGAGUAGCCGCGGGCCCCAGCAGCUCCAAGCCCCCAGCGCAGGCGCGCCCUGAUGGAGCCGGAGGGAAGGAAGAUCUCGGUGUGGAUCUGCCAGGAGGAGAAGCUGAUCUCGGGGCUUUCCAAGCGCACCACUUGCUCGGAUGUGGUGCGGGUGCUUCUGGAGGACAGCAAGCAGAGCCGACGGCGGAGGCAACAGCAACAGCAGCAGCUAGCAUCGCUGCAGGAGUGCGGCGGGGGGAUGCUGUCGGGGGCCCCGCAGUCUUACUGCAUCGUGGAGAAGUGGCGCGGCUUUGAGCGGAUCCUGCCCAACAAGACCAAGAUCCUGCGGCUCUGGGCCGCCUGGGGAGACGAGCAGGAGAACGUGCGCUUCGUGCUGGUGCGCAGCGAGGCGUCGCUACCUAACACGGGCCCGCGCAGCGCCGAGGCCCGCGUGGUGCCCAGCAAGGAGAGCCCCUGCCAGCAUGGCUUGGCCACGGCGGCGGCGCGGGCCAGCCUGGCGCUGACCCAGGAGCGGCAGCGGCGCGUGGUGCGCAAGGCCUUCCGCAAGCUGGCCAAGAUCAACAAGCGCAAGGGGCAGCCGCCGCAGCCCGACGAGCCGCCGGCCAAGGAGGCGCCGGCGGCCGAGAGGAUGGAGACGCUGGUGCAUCUCGUGCUGUCGCAGGACCACACCAUCCGGCAGCAGGUGAAGCGCCUCCGCGAUCUCGAUCGCGAGAUCGACCGCUUCGAGGCCAAGAUCCACUUCGACCGCAUGAAGCGCCACGGCGUCAAUUAUGUGCAGGACACUUACCUGGUGGACGGCGGCGGCGACACGGAGGUCCCCGACGGCGGGGAGGAAAAGGAAGGGGAACCCCAGGGAGGAGUGGACGCGGCGACCCUCGACGGCGACUUGGAGGAGUACGCCCGGAAGUGCGAGGAGGUGGCGCUGCUGCAGGAACAGUGGCGCCGCCAGGAGGAUCUGCUGGAGCACUUGGCCGGGGAGAUCCAGGAGGAGCUGAACGAGCGCUGGAUGAAGCGGCGGCGGGAGGAACUGGCGGCCGCCAAGGGCUCCAGCGCCAGCCUUUCCGAGACGGACUGCAACACCACCGAGCUGGUGGGCGGCGGCGGCGAGCUGCACGUGGAGCAGGAGCGCGUCAAGACGCAGCUGAGCACCAGCCUCUACAUCGGGCUGCGCCUCAGCACCGACCUGGAGGCCGUCAAGGCCGACCUGGACUCGACGCAGCGCGCCUGGGCCGACAAGGAGAGCGAGCUGCAGCGCCUCCUCGACACCAUCCGCUCCCUCGACGUCCAAGAGGAGGCGGGCGGCGAGGUCGGGGAGGAGGCGCCCCCGUCUCUCCAGCUCCCCGAAGACGACGACGGUGGCCAGCUUCCACCCGACCCGGCCCCGAUCACCGCGGAGGUGUGGAGGGAGCAGGCUGCGCGCGGUUUGCGCAAAGACUGCGACGACAACGACGAGGAUUCCGACACGGGCUUGAGCUCCAUGCACAGCCAGGACUCGGACUCGCUGCCCGUUUGCGAAUCCCUGGUAUAGCGGCGGCCUCCCCCCCCCCCAUGUCAUCUCAGGGACCGCAGAGUUGGCCUUUCCCUCGGGUUUUAAUUAUUAUUAUUAUUUGUUUGUUUUUUGCUCAGACGGGGAGUUCCUGGAUCUCUCCGCUUUCCCCUCCCAACAAAGAUCUAUUUUUCAAAACGACUCGACGAGGCGCAUGCUUUCAUUCUGAUAAAAUAUAAUAAUAAAACUCAUGUUUGUAGUUAAUUUGUGGUCACCGGGAAUCAUAACAUACGUUUGUGCACCCAAAAACAUGGCUUCUUUUUUUUCUGAAUUAAAAAGGAUCUCAUCCUAUAGGUAUUGUUUUUCAAACAAAAAGUUCGAAGGAAAGACAUCAGCUGCGUUUUGAUGCCCACUGACUGCAGAGGAUGUGCUGGGUUCUCUGAAGGAAUACUUCUGGGAAAGGGAGAUUAUAUUGUAUCAUAGCCGUUUGAGUGCAUCUUAAUUGCGGCUUUGACAUUGAAACGUGUUAAAGCGAGUCCCUGGCAGGCAGAUUUCAGGCUGUCUCCUUCCUACUUUUAUCUUUUAAAGAAGAAAGAGGGGGGUACAGUAUCUGCAUUUCAUUUAAUAUUGGAACAACCUCUUUCCUUAAAAUUCAUGCCUUUUUAUUUCACAUCAAAGAUUUUUGAAUGGGAAGUUCUGCUCCUUCAGUUCUGCAUUGUAAACAUGGGACAGUGUGCAUUUCUUUAUAGAAUUCAUUUGAUUUAUGUUUUCCACUUGAAACAGAACACUUAGCACCUUGAUCUUCUUUCCUUUCUUCAAAGGCAGCUGUGUAACUUGCCAUGGAAUAAUUAGUUUGCUCCUUUGAUGAUAAAUAAUAAUAAGGACAGACACAGCAGCAACACUGGGUGAUUAAUAACUCGCUCACAAGUAUGUACUGUAUGCUGUCAGAGUGUUUUGGAAUAGAUUCCAGUUGAUGUCCUGAUGCCAUUAACAGCAAUAGAUAUCAUACGCAUGUGUACAUGGGGUCAU